AUGUCUUCAGACGAGAAGCCCCAGGACCAGGAGUUCAACUCCCGAGAAGAGCAGGACUACCAAGACAACCAAGACCAGAACCAGCAAGAUGACGACAACAACAACAACGCCUCAGACCACCAGCAAGACUCCCAGCAGAACGGCAGAAAUGGCGAGCUAAGCGAAGACAACUCCUCCGACCGCGACGAAGACAACGAGCCCACAACACCCCCCGCCCCUGAACGCCAACGCUCAAGCGGCCGUGGUGCCCGUGGUGCCCGCGGCGGCGGCGGUGACGAUGACGAUGCCGGCAACGACCGCGAGAGGUCGCAGACGCAAACCAAGACCCAGACCCGCCGCAGAAGAAGGGGCGCCCCCUUCCAGCGCCAAGCCCAAGACGACUACGAAGACGACUACGAUGAGAGGGGACAGGGAAUGGUGCCUCAUCAGCAGCGGCAACAGCAGAUGUACCAGCCGCAGCAACCGAUGCAGAUGCAGCAGCAGAUGCAACAGCAGCAGCAGCAGGUGCAGCAGGGAGGCAAGAAGGACGACGGGAAGAAUCCGCUCAAGCUGCGGCUGGACUUGAACCUGGAUAUCCAGAUCGAGCUCAAGGCCAAGAUUCAUGGUGACUUGACGCUGGCUUUGCUGUAA